AGGAUAUUAAGAGGGACAUUAUUAUGAGGGAGAAGGGGAUAUUAUGAGGGACAUUAUUCUGAGGGAGAAGGAUAUUAAGAGGGACAUUAUUAUGAGGGAGAAGGAUAUUAAGAGGGACAUUAUUCUGAGGGAGAAGUAUAUUAAGAGGGACAUUAUUCUGAGGGAGAAGGAUAUUAAGAGGGACAUGAGGGAGAAGUAGAUUAAGAGGGACAUUAUUAUGAGGGAGAAGUAUAUUAAGAGGGACAUGAGGGAGAAGGAUAUUAAGAGGGACAUUAUUAUGAGGGAGAAGUAUAUUAAGAGGGACAUUAUUAUGAGGGAGAAGUAUAUUAAGAGGGACAUUAUUAUGAGGGAGAAGGAUAUUAAGAGGGACAUAAUUGUGAGGGAGAAGUAUAUUAGGAGGGAGAUUAUUAUGAGGGAGAAGUAUAUUAAGAGGGAGAUUAUUAUGAGGGAGAAGGAUAUCAGGAGGGACAUUAUUAUGAGGGAGAAGGAUAUUAAUAGAAUAGUGUGUUUGAUUCAUACGAUUUUCUGCACCUCGCAUUAGUACCCACAGAACUUGGCAGAGGACCAAGGGGCUCCUUCCAAUCUCUUGGAGACUUCCGGAGAGCCCAGAUGGAUGAGCAAGACUCAGCUGGCCCUGAAGCAGGAAGAGGCCAUGCCAUGGAAACGGGGAGCAGUGGGGAAUUCCGGGAAAACUCUGUGAAGAAGAUCCUGGGUGAGGAGGACACCCCUUGCUCAGAGGUGCAGAGCCAGCAGCUCAGGCAGUUCUGCUUCCAGGAGGCCAAAGGACCCCGAGAGGUUUGCAGCCAAUUCUACCACCUUGACCAUCAGUGGCUGAAGCCGGAAAGGCACACGAAAGCUCAGAUGUUGGACCUGGUGAUCUUGGAGCAGUUCCUGGCUGUCCUUCCUCUGGAGAUGGAGAACUGGGUGAGGGAAUGCGGAGCGGAGACCAGUUCCCAGGCGGUGGCCCUGGCCGAAGGUUUCCUCCUGAGUCAGGCAGAGGAGAGGAAGCAGGCAGAGCAGCAGGUGAGAGAGACUUUCCUCUGGAUACUCCCAAGGGGCUCCUAAGAGGAGGGAGAGUAUUCCCAAAUCAUUUCCUAAUGGCCCAUCCUUUUUUACUAAUGGCCCAUCCUUUAUUGGAAAGCAUCUAGGAACAGAUCUUCUUCUUCUUCUUCCUCUUCUUCUUCUUCUUCUUCUUCUUCUUCUUCAUAUUAUUAUUUAUGACAUCCAUGUGGCUGGGUGCCUUCCAGCACAUAUAAAAGCAUAAGAAGACAUCAGAUGUCUUCUAAAAGCUAUGCAUUUUCUUAUCUCCUUAUCACCUGAUGGGAGGGCAUUCCCCAGGGUGGGUCCCACUGUGGAGAAGGUCUUCUGCCUGGUUCCCUGUAACUUCACUUAUCACAGUGAGGGAAUCAGCAGAAGACCCUCCGAACUGGACCUCAGUUCAUGGAGACGCUCCUUUGGGUAUACUGGGCCUUUGAGGCCAACACUUUGAUUUUUUUUUUUUUUUAAAGCAAUUUAUUGGAUUUUACAAUAGGAAUAAAUGUAAUAAACAAUAUAACAUUCGUCUUAACAUAAUUUCACAUUUUCUUUGGACUUCCUCGCAUCUCCCGCUCCCACCUUCAUCAUUAUAACAUUUUGUCAGCAAUUUAUCAUCUUAUUUAAAUUCUUAUGUCUCUUCGAUAUUUCAUAAUCUUAAAGUUCUCAUAAAGAGUUAAACUUUCACAGUUUUUCUUACUUUCUUAAAAACUUCUAAGUUAAGUGGUGCUCAGUUAUUUAGUCUAGCAUCUUAUUCAGCAUUCAGUCAAAUCACAAUGCUUUUGUAGAUAGUUCUUAAAUUUCUUCCAAUCCUCCUCGAUUCUCUCUUCUCCCAGGUCACGGAUUCUGCCAGUCAUUUCAGCCAGUUGCAUAUAGUCUAUCAGUUGCAUCUGCCAUUCUUCCAGUGUGGGUAGAUCUUGAGUUUUCCAAUGUUUUGCGAGUAGUAUCCUUGCUGCUGUUGUUGCAUACAUAAAAAUGUCUGGUCCUUCUUUGCCACCCCUUGGCUGACAAUACCCAAAAGGAAAGCCUCUGGUUUCUUAGUGAAAGUAUAUUUAAAUACCUUUUUCAGUUCAUUAUAAAUCAUUUCCCAGAACGCCUUCACUUUAGGGCAGGUCCACCAGAGGUGAAAGAACGUUCCUUCACACUCUUUACAUUUCCAGCACUUGUUAUCAGACAGGUGGUAAAUUUUGCGAGUUUGACUGGGGUCAUAUACCAUCUAUAAAUCAUUUUCAUUACAUUUUCUUUCAAAGCAUUACAUGCAGUAAAUUUCAAUCCAUUACUCCACAACCUUUCCCAGUCCUCAAACAUAAUAUUAUGCCCAAUAUCCUGUGCCCACCUUAUCAUAGCCGAUUUAACCAUUUCAUCUUGUGUAUUCCAUUCCAACAGCAAGUUAUACAUCCUUGAAAGUAUCUUAGUCUUUGGUUCUAACAAUUCUGUUUCUAAUUUCGAUUUCUCCACCUGGAACCCUAGUUUCUUAUCAUUUUUAAAAACUUCUUUAAUCUGAGCAUAAUGUAACCAAUCUCGCACUUUGUCUUUCAUUUUCUCCAAACUCUGCAAUUUCCAAUUGUCUCGGGGGCCAACACUUUGAAUUGUGCUUGGAAACGUUCUGGGAGCCAGUGAAGAUCCUUGAGGGCCAAUGUUUCAUGGUCCUGGCAGCCAACCCCAGACACCAGUCUAGCAGAAGCAGGAAGCAGCUUUCACCUCUGUCCCCCGAAAGCGCUUGCCUCUGCCAUUCCUUCUCUAACCCUUCUCCCCAUUCUCUGUUUUGAAUCCUUGUUGCUCUUUCAGAGGAAGGAUCCUUUGGCAGAAAUGGGUCUUGAUUCUUCUGAGGCAGAGAAGACUCCGCUGGACGCCAGAGUGAGGCCUCUGGGUAAGGAGGAAGGAGUGUUUUCUCUCCUCUUUUGUCACAUUCUCUUGGUUUGGAAACUAAUCUGUGAUUUCUUUGCAUCUUUUGGGGGAAGACACCUGGAGCCCAGAGCUCGGGGGGGGGGGGGGGGAGAUGUAUUUUUGCAGAAUUAUUAUAUGUAUAUAUUAUAUUAUAUUAGAUUAGAUUAGAUUAGAUUAGAUUAUAUAUAUAUAUAUUAUAUAUAUACAUAUAUUAUAUGAGCACAAAUGUACUCAGCAGGGGAGACGUUUAUGAUAGUAAUUUGAUUAAUUUACAAUUACAGUCCAAUAAUAGCCUCCUUAUAACAAUGUGAAAUUACGAAAUUACGAUGGUUUGAUGAUUUUCUUGAUUUCUCCAUUCCAAAAUCUUAUUAAUUUCAAUUACACUCCUGACAAGAUAACCAUCCUUUAUACAACAACUGCAGUAUUAAUGACUUCCAUUUGUAUGGAAACAUCAAAUAAUAUAUAAAACUACAAGUGAGGCACUCCAGUGAUAUCCUUACUCUUCCCUUGUGUGGCAAUCUUUCUGUUCAUGAUGUUUCUUCCUGUCCUUGUAAAAUGUUCUGUCUAUCUUUUCCUGGUUGUUGCUGUUCUCCAUCAUUCCUUGGGCGGAACUAAUAUCCCAUUGUGGUUUCAGAAAUUCUCCAUCGCUCUGUCCUGUACUUCGUUGUUUGGCAACUUUAACAGCGGCUGCAAAAAUCACACCAUCCCAAUAAAUAAUCAGUUUUUGCCAUUUUUCUUCUCUGCCUGGGAAAGAGAGGGAUCUGUCAGAAUUGCAAAUGACUCAGUAAUGAACCUUAUCAGCUCCUACACAACUUUCAGAUUCCUUACAUCCCUCUGUCUGGCCUAAGAUAAAUGCGCAUUUAUCCAAUUAGAUUAAAUUCCAAGUCCUUUUAGCAUUAAUCAGUUCAGUCUGUAUAUAAUACAGGAUGGGGAAGAGUCACCUCUAAUUUUCCAUCGUAAACAUUUUGCAAAAUAGAGCUUCCCUCCCUUUUUCCUUUUGGUUUUUACACACACAGUUCCAUUUGAUGUUAUAUUUCAUAUCUGCAAUCCAGUUUCAUCCCUGCUCACCUGUACAUAGAUAUUUUCAACUAGUAUUCAAUCGCAGGCUACCAAUUCAUUAAUGUAGAGAAGAAAACUUUAUAUAAAAAAGCCAUAGGCUCCCCUCCCCCCACUCACUGUCUUUUGCAGCAAAUGAAGUUUAUUCUCAAAUUCAAACCUUAAAGACCUUGCAGCUGGUUUAAUUCCGCAGUUUAUGAUCUCAUCUCUUCCAGCAAUGCCUGUACAUUAGUCCAAAUUGAGCUGUAAUUGACAGGAGAACCUCUGCUUCUUAAUGGCAGCGAAGGGCUUUUGCACUCAGCGCCUCCCUGCCUCUCGCAAUCCAUGCCGGAGCCGGAGCCUGGUACCGAGACAAACUGGGAGUGAAGCCCGUUCCCCCCUGUCCCUGGGGGCAACUUGCAAGGAGAAUUACCCUCAGUCAUCCUUUUUUUCCUUUGCCAACGAUCUCCCGCUGCCUCCAUUAAGGCAGAGCGGAACCGGAAGCUAGCAGGGGAGACUUGGACAAGCCCCAUCUGUACGUAGAGAUGCACUGUUUCACCUCUGAGAGAAGCAGGCGCUCACAGUUUCCACUUUCCUUGGUCUCUCCCAGGUGACGGAAUGAUGCCACCAAGACCUGCUCCUUCAUCUUUUCAUGGUGGUGGAGGGGAGGCAGCAGCUGUGGACCCAGAUCAGGUAGGGGGAAGGAGCCUUGUGGGGAAGGACUGCUUGGAUGCAGACUGGCUGGGCACAGUUGGAUGCAGAGGAAUGGUGGGAGGAGCCAGAGAAGAGGGAGCCGACUGGGAGGAGGAGGAGGAGGAGGAGGAAGCUGGAGAGGGAAGAGGGCUCAGGGAGCAGAGGGAGUCUGUGGCAGAGAGCAGCCCAGACUCCGAGGCAGAAGCUGCAGCAGGAGAGAGGGAUGAGGAAGGCAGAGAGGGGUCUGGCCGCUGUAGAAAACAACAGAGCCAAGUGAAUGUUCUCUAAGAGGACAGCCUUUUUCCUGUUCUGUUAGGGUCCAGUGUGCUUUGAAGAUGUGGCUGUCCAUUUCACAGACGAGGAGUGGGCGUUGCUGGAUCCUGACCAGAGAGCUCUCCAUAAGGAAGUCAUGGAGGAGAAUCGUGGGAUCUUGGACUCUCUCGGUAAGGCUCCCUAUUGGAUCAUCCUAUCUGUUUUGUAAUUCAAGACAUCUCUCUAGAUGAUGAACCUCUGAUAUUUCAAUGGGGCUCAACAGCGCCACCCACAGCACCUGGGAUGUUAACACUCCCACAGCAAACCUUGGAGGGAUGGCUAUUGAUUGUUUUCCCUGUGAAUAUUCUUCCUCCAGUUCUGUCGUUUAAAACCAUGAUCAGGCUGUCUGAACUGCCCAGGCCUUCUUAAAUGUAGGAUUCAGAGUAAUUUUUUACCAAAGAGUUGCUUGACAGAUUCCACGACUGAACCAAACAAACUCCAUCCCAGAAAAGAGCCAGGCUUUUUGAAUCUCAGGCAGUGAACCCUGUAGUAACAAUAAUGAUAAUUUUAUUAUUUUUACCCUGCCCAUCUGACUGGGUGGCCCCAGCCAACAAAUAGAAAAACAUAAUCAAACAUCAAACAUUAAAAACUUCCCAAUACAGAGGUGCCUUCAGAAGUCCUUUAAAAGUUGCAUAGUUAUUUCCUUGACAUCUGAGGGGAGGGCGUUCCACAGGGUGGGUUCCCCUAUCGAGAAGGCCCCCUGCCUCGUCCCCUGUAACUUCUCACAAUAAUGUAACAUUUAAGUACAGUGGUACUUCGGGUUAAGAACUUAAUUCAUUCUGGAGGUCUGUUCUUAACCUGAAACUGUUCUUAACCUGAAGCACCACUUUAGCUAAUGGGGCCUCCUGCUGCCACUGCGCUGCCAGAGCACGAUUUCUGUUCUCAUCCUGAAGCAAAGUUCUUAACCUGAGGUGCUAUUUCUAGGUUAGCGGUGUCUGUAACCUGAAGCGUAUGUAACCUGAGAUACCAGUGUAAGGAAACUUGAAUAAUAAUAAUAAUAAUAAUAAUAAUACUGAUAUGACAAGUUUCUGCUGCAUUCUGUGAUGUCGAGAAUUUAAGAAAACAUCCAAAUUGGUUUAAGGUGAUGCACAUCAUCAUUAAAUUUUUAGCCACUAAAGAAAUUUAAAUUUGGCAGCUGCUACACACAUUUGUUCAAUAUACAAAAUGUGUUUUUCAGCACACAGAACUUCAUUCCCCUACCACAAGGUAGCUGACUAUGACCAAGUCAGUCCAGAGUCAAUGUUCCCAAAUAUUGCUCAAGCUCUUACAAUAUGUUUAGAUUUAUUACUGCAUAUUGAACAACGUAGCAUAUUAAAUACAGUUUUACCUCGGGUUAAGAACUUAAUUCGUUCCGGAGGUCCUUUCUUAACCUGAAACUGUUUUUAACCUGAAGCACCACUUUAGCUAAUGGGGUCUCCUGCUGUUGCCACUGCGCCGCCGGGGCAUGAUUUCUGUUCUUAUCCUGAAGCAAAGUUCUUAAACUGAAGCAUUAUUUCUGGGUUAGCAGAGUCUGUAACCUGAAGCAUAUGUAACCUGAAGCAUAUGUAACCCAAGGUACCACUGUAUAUCUUAAUUUUGAACAGGGAACUUUCCCGCUUUGGCCACCUUUAAAAUAAUAAUGAAAGCACAUUUUAUUUAUGAAGAUAGUACGGAUCCAUAUUUAAAUUUGAACAAAAUGAUGUUACUGUACUUUUAAAAACUAGAGAGAGAAAACAUAUAAUAUUCAACUUGAUUUGUAUACAAAACUAGACAUUUUUGCAGAACAAAAGGAACAUUAUAACAUCUAACUCCCUUCGGUUCUUCCCCUGUCCCAAGCAUUAAUUAGCAUUGUUCCAUAAUUUGGGGCUGCACUUCUUCCCGAGACUCUAAUCCUUUUGCCUCUUAGUUUCAGGUGGUGAUGAAUUGGAAAUGAAGAACAAGGGAGACUACAAUGAAAUCCACACAGUGGAGGAUCCAUAUCAGGAUUCAGACUGUGGAGAGAGCUUCAGUCAGAGCUCCCAUUCCACUUCCCAUCAAAGAAAUCCCCUUGAGAAGAAACACUACCACUGCUUGGAGUGUGGAAAGAGCUUCAGUAACAGCAACGAUCUCACUUCCCAUCGUAGAAUUCAUACAGGGGAGAAACCCUAUCAGUGCGUGGAAUGUGGAAAGAGCUUCAGUAAGAGCUCCCAUCUCACUUCCCAUCAAAAGAUUCAUACAGGGGAAAAACCCUAUCAGUGCUUGGAAUGUGGAAAGAGCUUCACCAGGAAAGAAAGUCUCACUUCCCAUCAAAGAAUUCAUACAGGGGAGAAACCCUAUCAGUGCUUGGAAUGUGGAAAGAGUUUCACCAGGAAAGAAAGUCUCACUUCCCAUCAAAGAAUUCAUACAGGGGAGAAACCCUAUCAGUGCGUGGAAUGUGGAAAGAGCUUCAAUCAGAGUUCCCAUCUCACUUCACAUCAAAGGAUUCAUACAGGGGAGAAACCCUAUCAGUGCAUAGAAUGUGGAAAGAGCUUCAGUCAGAGCUCCCAACUCACUUCCCAUCAAAUGAUUCAUACAGGGGAGAAACCCUAUCACUGCUCGGAGUGUGGAAAGAACUUCAGUCACAGCCACGAUCUCACUUCCCAUCAUAGAAUUCAUACAGGGGGAAAACCCUAUCAGUGCGUUGAAUGUGGAAAGAGCUUCACUCGGAGGGACCAUCUCACUUCCCAUCAAAGGAUUCAUACAGGGGAGAAACCCUAUCAGUGCAUGGAAUGUGGAAAGAGCUUCAGUCAGAGCUCCCAACUCACUUCCCAUCAAAGGAUUCAUACAGGGGAGAAACCCUAUCAUUGCUUGGAGUGUGGAAAGAGCUUCCGUCAGUGCUCCCAAAUCACUUCCCAUCAAAGGAUUCAUACAGGGGAGAAACCCUUCCAGUGCGUAGAAUGUGGAAAGAGCUUCACUCGGAGUGCCAAUCUCACUUCCCAUCAAAGCAUUCAUACAGGGGAGAAACCCUAUCAGUGCGUGGAAUGCGGAAAGAGCUUCAAUCAAAGGGCCAUGCUCACUUCCCAUCAAAGGAUUCAUACAGGGGAGAAACCCUAUCAGUGCAUGGAGUGUGGAAAGAGCUUCAUUGACAGACGCUAUCUCAUUGCCCACCAGAGAAUUCAUACAGGGGAGAAACCCUACCAGUGCGUGGAAUGUGGGAAGAGAUUCAGAAAUUGCUCAGAUCUCACUUCCCAUCAAAUGAUUCAUACAGGGGAGAAACCCUAUCAGUGCGUGGAAUGCGGAAAGAGCUUCAGUCAGAGGGCCAAGCUCACUUCCCAUCAAAGAAUUCAUACAGGGGAGAAACCCUUUCAGUGCAUGGAAUGUGGAAAGAGCUUCACCUGGAAAGAAAGUCUCACUUCCCAUCGUAGAAUACAUACAGGGGAGAAACCAUAUCACUGCUUGGAGUGUGGAAAGAGCUUCAGUCAAAACCAGGUUUUCACUUCCCAUUGUAGAAUUCAUACAGGGGAGAAACCCUAUCAGUGCAUGGAAUGUGGAAAGAGCUUCAGUCAUAGUUCCCAUCUCACUUCCCAUCAGAGGAUUCAUACAGGGGAGAAACCCUAUCAGUGUGUGGAAUGUGGAAAGAGCUUCAGUCAAAGCAACAAUCUCAUUUCCCAUCAGAGAAUUCACACAGGGUAG